GCCUGAGGGGGCGGGUCCUUAAACAUCCUCCAAUCAGAGACGCUGGUCUGGGACCCGUCCAAUCAGGCACGCAGCUGGAGCGGACAGGACGGCUUCCGGGAUUUGGCGGGGCCUUUGUCUCUCGCUGCAGCCGGAGCUCCAGGUCUCGUCUUCACUGCUCUGUGUCCUCUGCUCCUAGAGGUCCAUCUUCUGUGGCCCCGUUACCUGCAGGUAUUGGGAGACCCACAGCUAAGACGCCAGGACUCCCUGGAAGCCUAGAAAUGGGACCACUGACAUUUAGGGAUGUGGCCAUAGAAUUCUCUCUGGAGGAGUGGCAAUGCCUGGACACUUCACAGCAGAAUUUGUAUAGGAAUGUGAUGUUAGAUAACUACAGAAACCUGGUCUUCCUGGGUAUUGCUGUCUCUAAGCCAGACCUGAUCACUUGUCUGGAGCAAGGAAAAGAGCCCUGCAAUAUGAAGAGACAUGCGAUGGUAGCCAAACCCCCAGUUGUGUGUUCUCAUUUUGCCCAAGACCUUUGGCCAAAGCAGGGCUUAAAAGAUUCUUUUCAAAAAGUGAUACUGAGAAGAUAUGGAAAAUAUGGACAUGAGAAUUUACAAUUAAGAAAAGGCUGUAAAAGUGUGGAUGAGCAUAAGGUGCACAAAAGAGGUUAUAAUGGAGUUAACCAAUGUUUGACAACUACCCAGAGCAAAAUAUUUCAAUGUGAUAAAUAUGUUAAAGUCCUUCAUAAAUUCUCAAAUUCAAAUACACAUAAGAAAAGACAUACUGGAAAGAAACCUUUCAAAUGUAAAGAAUGUGGCAAAUCAUGUUGCAUACUUUCACAACUAACUCAGCAUAAGAAAACUGCUACUAGAGUGAAUUUCUACAAAUGUAAGACAUGUGGAAAAGCCUUUAACCAGUUCUCAAAUCUUACUAAACAUAAGCUAAUUCAUACUGAAGUGAAUCCCUACAAAUGUGAAGAAUGUGGCAAAGCCUUUAACCAGUCCUUAACUCUUACUAAACAUAAAAGAAUUCAUACUGAAGAGAAACCUUACAAAUGUGAACAUUGUGGCAAAGUCUUUAGUGUAUUUUCAGUCCUUACUAAACAUAAGAGAAUUCAUACAGGAACAAAACCUUACAAUUGUGAAGAAUGUGGCAAAGGCUUUAGUAUAUUCUCAACCCUUACUAAACAUAAGAUAAUUCAUACUGGAGAGAAACCCUACAAAUGCAAUGAAUGUGGUAAAGCCUUUAACUGGUCCUCAACUCUUACUAAACAUAAGAGAAUUCAUACUGGAGAGAAACCCUACAAAUGUGAAGAAUGUGGCAAAGCCUUUAACCAGUCCUCAACCCUUACUAGACAUAAGAUAGUUCAUACUGGAGAGAAACCGUACAAAUGUGAAGAAUGUGGUAAAGCCUUUAAACGGUCCACAACUCUUACUAAACAUAAGAGAAUUUAUACUAAAGAGAAACCAUACAAAUGUGAAGAAUGUGGAAAAGCCUUUAGUGUAUUCUCAACCCUUACUAAACAUAAGAUAAUUCAUACUGGAGCAAAACCUUACAAAUGUGAAGAAUGUGGCAGCGCCUUUAGGGCAUUCUCAACCCUAACUGAACAUAAGAGAGUUCAUACUGGAGAGAAACCUUACAAAUGUAAUGAAUGUGGCAGAGCCUUUAACUGGUCCUCAACUCUUACUAAACAUAAGAGAAUUCAUACUGGAGAAAAACCCUACAAAUGUGAAGAAUGUGGCAAAGCUUUUAACCGGUCCUCAAACCUUACUCGACAUAAGAAAAUUCAUACUGGACAGAAACCAUACAAACCUAAAAGAUGUGACAGUGCUUUUGACAACACCUCAAACUUUUCUAGACAUAAAAGAAAUCAUACGGGUGAGAAAUCCUAGAAAUGUGAAGAAUGUGACAAAGCCUUUAAGUGGUUGUCACACUUGAUUGUAUGUAAGAUAAUUCAUACUGGAGAAAACUCCCAGAAGUGUGACAAAUGUGACAAAACAUUUAAUUAAUUCUCAUACCUUAUUGCACAGGAAAGCAUUUAUACUUGAGAAAAAUUGUAUAAAGAAUGGAAAAGACAUUAAUAUCUGCUCAUAUCUUACUCAACAUCAGCGAGUUGGUACUUAAUAAAAGCAUUAUCAAUGAAAUUACUGUCAAAAGAUCUUUCAGACAAUAUAAGCCUGCAAAGUGCAGUAGAGUAUUUAUUUUGAAGAGAAACAUUAAAAGUACAAAGAGGUUUGUAGUACCUUUGUUUGUAUGAUAGAUCUUAUUGUACACAUUUUGUACUAGAGAAAAACCCUGAAGCAGUUGUUCAAACUUUGUUCAAUACCAGGAAAUUUAUAUUGGAGAAAAACCCUAUGAGUGUAAUGAAUUUGGAAAAAUAUUUUUUUCAACAACAGCUUAGAAAACAUGAGAGGAAUUACACUAAAAUAUAUUUUUGCAAAUGCAGCAGUAAAUAUGAAAAAAAUGAUCCAAAAUUAGGUUUAUAUAAAUAUCAGAGAACUCACAGUAUGGAUAUCUAAGAUACUGACACUUCAGACAUUACACAAAAUCAGAGUGCUGAGUACAGAAAGUUAUCCAAAACAAAAGUUGGUAGAUAACUAAUAGUGAACAAGUUUUUUGCAGAGGUAUAUUUACAUUCAGAGUACACUUUUCUUUGGAAAAAAUUACAGGUUUUUUGAAAAGUGAAUAAUAAUGUAAUUCAACUCUCAAAUUCAUGUUUUUUUUGGUUUUGGUUUUGAGUUUUUUUUUUUUUUUUUUGAGACAGAGUUUCACUCUUGUUGCCCAGGCUGGAGUGCAAUGGUGUGAUCUCGGCUCACCGCAACCUCUGCCUCCCAGAUUCAAGCAAUUCUCCUGCCUCAGCCUCCCUAGUAGCUGGGAUUACAGGCAUGUGCCACCAUGCCUGGCUGAUUUUGUAUUUUUAGUAGAGACAGGGUUUCUCCAUGUUGGUCAGUCUGGUCUCAAACUCCCAACCUCAGGUGAUCUGCCCGCCUCGGCCUCCCAAAAUGCUGGGAUUACAGGCAUGAGCCACUGCACCUGGCCCAUGUUUUUUCUUCAUUCCUAUUGUAUUCACAUGUGAAAGCAUGUGAUCAACUGUUGCUGCAUCAAAGAUAUGAGAUUUUUUUUUUAUUAGGUGGGCAUUAUUUAUGACCUUUUCUAUGGAAGAGUAAGAACAUUAAAAUGAAAGACGCAUGAUGAAAAUCUAAGUAGAGAGGCUCUUGUGGUUAACUGAUAAUAUUGAGUGAUGCAUGAGGUAGGUGUUCAGAGUAAUAUUCUGCAUUAUAGUGAAAAAAUUUUUAAUAUUAAAAUUCAAUUAUUUUAUGAAUUGUGCUUUUCAUAAUGCAGUACAUUUCAAAAUUUUUAGAUUAUGUAUGAACUUAGAUUUUUAAACAUGUUUACAUGUUAAGACUAUUGUGCAUUCAGUGAAGCAUUAUUAUGCCACAAACUUUAACCUACCUCACCUUACUCAAUGGUGUAGGUAAAAGAUGAUAGCAAUAUACUAUUUGGUUACAUAGGGGACUAACAUUUUUAGUAAUCUCUUUUGCCAGUGGCUUUAAACUGCGAAUAAGUUAAAGAAUAUUCCCACAGGUUUUACAUUUAUUUUUUUUCUUAUUUAAAUUUAUUGUUCUUAUUUUUCAUGGGUACAUAGUAUGUUUUUAUAUUUAUGUUGUAUAUGGCAUGUUUUGAUACAGGCAUAUAAUAUGUAAUAAUCACAUCAGAGUAAAUGAGGUAUCCAUUACUAGCAUUUAUCCUUUGUAUUGCUUUUAUUUUAAAAUGUACAACUAAAUUGUUACAGACUACAGGGUUAUUUUUAUGGUCAUAAUAAAAAUUGCAAAAGUAUAAAUAAAAAUACAUACAUUUCUGAGUCCUGAAUAUUUUUAAAAAUUUGUUAUAUAUUUUUCUUCUAACAUGUGGCCUCUUUGCCUGCAAACAUAUAAAGACUUAGUUUUGAUUUACAUAGAGUUAAAUAUACAUAUAUUUUACUUUAAAGAUAAAUCUUAAGUGUAAGAAAAUUGUAGAGUAAGUGUGCUUGUGUGAGUAUGUUUGUGCUUGUUUUCAGAAGAAAACAGCAAUAUUGGAACAAAAAUCAUUUUAAUAAGGUGACUAAUUUAUUAGAAAACUAACAACCUCAAAAAUGCUGAAAGCAAAUCUGUACUCUCUGCUUUGUAUUGAAUUCAUUACUGUAAAAUAUUAUGGCUUAUGGUUCAGAAUCUCCCCAUGCAGAUGUUCUGUUUUUACUUGCCUGGUACUCAUGGUAGAGCCAUACAUCUCUUUUUUCUUACAAUUUCUUUUACAGUUUAUGAAGUAUUAUAUGAGCUGGUCAGGGAUUACAACAAUGACUUUUUAUAAAAUUUAGUAGUGCACAAAAAGUAAUUUUUAGAUGUAAUUCUACUAUUAGUCUAUUAAGUUAUAUUUUAUUUAUUUAGUUAAAACAUUGCCCUUUGUUCUUUUAAUUGGAGAACCCUAUGUAAGCCUACUUUUUUAAAGUUAUUCUUUCUUUCACUUUUCAUAAUUUACGUAAGUAAAUUUAUUUAUUUAUUGAAUUUGUUCAGGUAAGUACUAGGGAGGCUUCUUGAGUCAUGAGGAUGCUGUAAUAUAUAAACAGCAGACAAACAUGACAGUGCUUGCUCUAUAACAGGUGCUCCAUAGUAAGACAUAAAUAUUCCUGUUGAAGUUAGUUUGUAACUUCAAGUCAGAAAUGGAAUAUAUCAAUGGUGAAACAGUAACACUGAUUCUUCAGGUGGAGAGGACUUUUUUUUUUCCGGGCUGCAAAGCUGAAUUCUGCUGAAUUUAAACAGAAAUUCUGGUUAUUUUCUAAUUAUAUUCAGUUUUGUUUGUCUUAUGUGUUUUCCGACAAUGUAUGCAUCACAGCUCUUCUUUUUCUGUUAUGGCUACAGUUUUCUUGCUGUUGUCUUUAUGCCAUGUCAUUUCACAUGGUAAUUUAGUAAGUUUUGAUGAGAAAUUUGGUAUUUUUAGUGCACUGAAAAAUUGGUUUUAAUUGGUGAGUUUGCUUAUCAAUAUAACUCUCAGAUCGUUAAUUAAGAUAAAAGGCAUACACUGUCCACAGGUGAGAGGAUUAAAUCACUUAGCAUUGUUUUUAACUGUUUGUAAAAAAAAAAAAGCUUACUAGAUUCUUACACAAAGUGUGGCAAAUAUAAAAUUUGCUAGAAAGUGUUAGAAAUUUAUUUAUUUAUUUAUUAAUUAUUUAUUUAGAGAUGACGUUUCACUCUUGUUGCCCAGGCUGGAGUGCAAUGGCGUGAUCUUGGCUCACCACAACCUCCACCUCCCGGGUUUGAUUCUCCUGUCUCAGCCUCCCUAGUAGCUUGGAUUACAGGCAUGUGCCACCACUCCCGGCUAAUUUUGUAUUUUUAGUAGAGACAGGGUUUCUCCAUGUUGGUCAGGCUGGUCGUGAACUCCCGACCUUAGGUGAUCCGCCCACCUCCGCCUCCCAAACUGCUGGGAUUACAGGUGCGAGCCACUGCGCCCGGCCAGAAAUUAAAUUUUUAAGAGAGCUAAUGGUAAAUCUGACUGGGCACGGUGGCUCAUGCCUGUAAUCCCAGCACUUUGGGAGCCUGAGCUGGGUGGAUUACUUAAGGCCAUGAGUGCGAGACCAGCCCGGCCAACAUGGUGAAACCCUGUCUCUAGUAAGAAUACAAAAAUUAGCCAGCUGUGGUCGUGUGCACUUGUAGUCCCAGCUACUUUGAAGGCUGAGGCAGGAGAAUCAUUUGAACGCGGGAGUAACGUUUUCACACAGAAUAUGUUUUUAAGUGUGACUGUAAAACAUUGCAAAAUAAUAAAAUGACUUCUGUUGACUUGAAAUUUGGAAUAGUAUUUCUUUUCCAUAUUGAUAUUACAAUUUGAAGGAAUUUCUUUUUUAGAUGGAGUCUCACUCUUGUCACCCAAGCUGGAGU